AUGAGCGCUCCCACAACGGUCGCUGGAGCCUUGCUGCUGUUUGACAUUCUACAGCAAGUGCCCGGUGAUCGCUACUCAAGUCCCAGCGAGGUCACCAAGUGGCUUCUGGCGGUAUCCCAGCCUUGGAGUGACCACGCCCUCGCUGUCUUCGUAGCCCACUUGUCCCAACGCCACCAGCCCCACCCUUGGAAUAAGAACACCGCUUUGCAGGCCCUUUUGCUCCGCCUCCCGAGUGAGGACUCGGCUGCUUCAGCAGCUGCAAUUUUUCAAGCUGCCACCCUCUCUCCUCCACCCCAGGACCGCCCUAAAUCUUUGCGCUCCUCCGAUUCACCGCCCUCCAUCGCCCACCUCGUCUUUCCGGCCACCAGCGAGCAGCAGGCUUUACCGGAUAAAGACAUGGUCGAUGGUGCAAGGCUGGGCUUGAGUGCCGCCGGCGUAACGCCCACGUCGCCGUGCCCUCAAUCCAAACCUGCACUCCAGGCGCACCAAGCACCCAGCGCGCUGGUACCGGAGCGGCACGUGGGCAUUCUACUCAAUGCGCUCAAGUAUCUGGAGCCUGGUAGCGAUGCCCUCAACCUGAUUGAUGCUUAUCUGGGUGCGCUGUUUGAUCGACACCCUCCCGACUACGUGCUUCAAGCGCUGGUGCAUGUGGCCCGCACUUUUCCAGAGCGCCACCUCCUGCAGGUCCUUGAAGUUUUGGUCUGCUAUCCCCAGCAAGUUCACCUGCUGCGGCCCAUGCUGCGUCGAGCCCAAGCGCUGCACAGCCUGACCGCAUGCAUUGCCACCAUUCUUUCGAUGGCUCCUCUCACCACCUACCGCAUUCUUCUGGACGUGAGCUGUCAGUGCCACCGCGAUCCACCGGCCUCGACUGCCACGGCGCCCCCCGGUGCCAACAACGCUUGA